CUUCUGUGCGUCUGACCUGGACUCAGGUCUUAGUGAAGUAUGAGCUCAUCAGUGAGCCCCGGAGGCAAUGUGACAUUUCCUUAUCAGCUCCUGCUCGUCAGAGACACCUACACCACUGCAUUUGUGAAGAACCUGAUUGUGGUUCUGGUCUGGCUCAUCCUCAGUUACAUCAAUGGCACCUUGGCUGCCACCUUUUUUAGACACCAGACUUUUUAUGAAGACCCUCGUUACAUCCUCUUCAUCCACAUGGUGAUCAACGACGGCAUCCAGCUGACCGUCACAAUCACACUGUUUGUCCUCAGCUACAUUUUCUACAAGAUUAACGUCUCUUUCUGCUGCUUCUUCAUCCUGGUGGCGGUCUUCACCACCAGAAACACCCCGGUCAACUUAGCGAGCAUGGCCAUAGAACGCUAUAUUGCCAUUUGUGAGCCUUUACGCCACAGCCAAAUCUGCACAGUGAAAAGAACUUACAUUGUCAUCGGGUUGAUUUGGUUUAUAUGUGUUGCUCCAGAUAUUACAGAUCUGUUUGUGACGCUGGCAACGGAGUCCCUGAGCUUCUUUCAUGAGUCUGUGUUCUGCUUGCGCCAGAAUGUGUUCAAAGACCCGAUCCUGGCAUACAAAAGACAGGUCUUUGAUAUCAUCUACUUCUCCUGUGUGUUUCUGACUCUGGUCUUCACCUAUUUGAGGAUCCUGUUUGCAGCCCGGGCCCUCUCCACAGAGAAGAUGUCAGCCAAGAGAGCCAGGAACACCAUCCUGCUCCACGGGGCCCAGCUGGCCAUGUGCAUGCUGUCCUACAUCUCCCCGAGUGUGGAGGUUGUUCUGCAUCUAAUCUUCCCCGGUCGAAUCCUAGAAAUCAGAUAUGCAAACUACCUGAUCGUCUACAUCCUGCCACGCUUCCUGAGCCCAGUAAUCUACGGUAUUAGAGACAAAAAGUUCAGGAAGUACCUCAAGAUGCACCUUGUGAGCAACCGCUACAGGGUCAAACUGCGGACAGUGGCCCCCGAGCUGGCCACUGCCAAAGAUAGCAGGACAAAGAUUAAACAGUAAGAGCGUUUAAAUAAAAGGGAUUCACUCUUUAAAGAAAUUAACCUUCUGAUUUUUUAUGUUAUUGUAGAUUAUUGUAAAGAUAUAAUCAUAACAAUGUCAUAAUGAAGUGUAUGGAAAUGGAAGCCUGUUAAAUGGCAGUAAAAAACAAAUAGGAUUUAUAUAUUUUAUAUGUGAAUUUCCCACAAUAAAAAUAUAGAAAAAUAUAACUGUCCUGUCAGUCCUGUGUCAUGAGGCUUUAAAUGGCACAUUUAAUAGUGACAGCAUUAACACUGUAAGAUGGUGAUCGAGAGCCAACAGAGGUUUUAAUUAUAACAUGAUUUUUAAAGCAAUACUGAUCAAUAUCACAUCACAUAUAUUCCAAUAUUUAUUCUAAAAUAUUCUAAAAGACACAACAU